AUAAAUCACUGGUGCAUAUUUGAUUUCAAGGUAAUCAAUGCAUCUGAUUUAAAAUUUAAUACGACGAGCUGGUUUCAUACACCAAAUUCAUUCACGCACAACCACCCAGCCCACUUCUCCUUGAUCUAUAUAAUACUAUCCAUCCCUUUACCACCUUAUUCUAUAUAUGUACCAGAUCAUUAAGUUCCUCCUUUUGAUCUCUCCGCUAAGAAUGGAGUUCUUGGAUCUCUUCGUCAUCUUCUUAGGUCUAAUCUUUCUCUGUUUCUGGUGGAGAUACUGGUCCGUCACCGGCGGUGGGUCCAAAAACCUACCGCCGGGCCCUCCGGGCUGGCCGAUUCUGGGAAACCUCGGCCAAGUCGUCCUCCAGCGCCGUCCAUUCAUCUUUGUCGUGCGUGAUUUACGUGAGAAAUAUGGCCCAAUCUUCACCAUGCAAAUGGGCCAACGCACGCUCGUGAUUGUCACCAGCUCCGAGCUCAUCCACGAAGCCCUAGUACAGAGAGGCCCGGAAUUUGCCAGCAGGCCGGCUGACUCGCCGAUCCGGCUAUUUUUCAGCGUCGGUAAAUGCGCCAUCAACUCUGCCGAGUAUGGGCCUCUCUGGAGGACAUUACGCAGAAAUUUCGUGACCGAGCUAAUAAACCCGAUGAGAAUAAAGCAGUGCAGUUGGAUAAGGAAAUGGGCGCUCGAAAACCACGAGAAAAGGCUCCAGAGAGAGGCUUCGGAGCAAGGCUUCGUCGAGGUGAUGAGCAACUGCAGGCUCACUAUAUGCAGCGUCCUAAUAUGUCUUUGCUUCGGCGCGAAAAUCUCUGAAGAUGAGAUUAAGAAGAUCGAAAGCAUACUAAAGGAAGUAAUGUUGGUGACCCUACCAAAGCUUCCCGACUUCUUGCCCGUGUUCACUCCGUUGUUCCGCAAGCACCUGAAAUACGCUAAAGAGCUGAGAAAGAAACAGCUGGAGUGUUUGGUUCCACUGAUAAGGAGGAGAAGGGCUUUCGUGAAGAGCGGUGGAAAACCUAGUGCUGAUGGUGGCCCGGAGAUGGCUAGCCCCAUUGGAGCUGCCUAUAUAGACUCGCUUUUUGAUUUGGAAGUGCCGGGACGAGGCAAGUUAGGAGAAGAAGAGCUUGUGACGUUGUGCUCUGAAGUAAUCAAUGCCGGGACGGACACGAGCGCUACGACUGCGGAGUGGGCGCUGCUUCGCUUGGUUCUGAACCAAGAGAUUCAAGAGAAGCUAUACAAGGAAAUAGUUGAACAUGUUGGGAGAGACGGUGUGGUGAACGAGAGUGACGUAGAGAAGAUGAGUUAUCUCGGGGCAGUGGUCAAAGAAACGUUCAGGCGUCACCCACCGAGCCAUUUCGUGCUAUCGCACGCGGCGACAAAGGAGACCAAGCUCGGCGGGUACACGAUACCGGAGGACGCGAGCGUGGAAUUCUACACGGCAUGGCUGACUGAGGAUCCGAGUAUGUGGAAAGAUCCGGACGAGUUUCGACCGGAGAGGUUCUUAGACGGUGACGGGGUUGACGUGGACGUGACCGGAACGAGGAGCGUGAGGAUGGUGCCAUUCGGUGCCGGGAGGAGGAUUUGUCCGGCGAUGACGCUGGGCACGCUGCAUGUGAAUCUGUUGCUGGCUAGGAUGGUGCAUGCUUUCAAGUGGCUACCUGUUCCCGGAGCCCCACCCGACCCGACAGAAACUUUUGCUUUUACUGUUGUGAUGAAGGACCCUCUCAAGGCUAUGAUCAUGCCUAGGGUGAAAGCUUAAUUAAGCGUCCUAGCUAGUAUCUGCUAUUAUUUGAUAUAGGAUACUUCUGUUUGGGGGCCGGUCAGGGUUUAGUGCUAGCUAGCGCCUAACUCUCUAAUUAGCUUCUUGUGUGUAUGAAUAAGCUUUUCAGAAUUAAGCUAGUCGUUGGCUGCAUGCAUUUACUUAGCCAAAAAUUAAGAAAGGAACUAGACUAGCUAAUUAA